AUGCCAGGUCCAGAGAUUCAGUUCUUGACCGUCAACCACGACAAAUACAUACCAUUUUCGGACGGGUCUGGAAAAACAGGAGCCAGAGGUGGGAAGCAUUCUAUGAACUCUUCUAGCCACCCACGCUCCAGAGUUCACCAGCCAUUUGACCUUUGCUCCCUUCUGGAUCAGUUGCCCCCUAAUACUGGACCUCCGGGAACUGUUCCCACAAAUAACGGCACAGGAUUAGGCGCCAACGCCAACAAGAAUUUGAGCCAUGUUCCAUGUAAGUUUUUUCGUCAGGGAAACUGUCAGGCGGGAAACUCUUGCCCUUUCAGCCACAACUUUGAUGGCUCCUCAGCGGUUGACAAGCUUCCAUGUAAGUACUUUCAAAAGGGCAAUUGUAAGUUCGGCUCGAAAUGCGCUUUGGCACAUUUUCUUCCUGACGGCACAAGGGUAAAUUUGAAGUCACUCAGGCGUCAAGAGAGAACUCAUGGUGUUCUUGGAGGCAAUCACUAUGGCGGGGGAAAUGUAGAUGGAUCUAGCACAAAAGGUGAGACACCCCUGCGGACAUCUUCCAAAAAUAGCGGCUAUAAUUCAGGCCAGGAUGCUGCUUUCUCAGCAAAUUACAUCGCCCGGACUUCACAAAUGCAAAGCUCUUUGGGAUCUUCAUACCGCUCACACCUUCCCCAAACUGGCGAGAGAAUAAGUUUUACACAAAAGUUGUCUGCUCCAGAUGUCACUCAACAUGCCAUGAACGAUCUUUGUGGUGAACUUGGCGAUUUCCAUCAGGAACACACGCGACUUCACGGAGCAUCCUUUGACGAGAUCGAGACUCCAGUAUCGUUGGCAUCACGUCGUUCCAUGCUGCAUUCAUCGGGACAGGCAUUUCAUCUGACAUAUGCUGCUAGAAACAAACCAAACAGUCCAACAGGAACCUAUCAAUCGACACACACAUGGCUGACUUCUGCAACGACGCCAGUGAACACCUCUCUUUCGGCGAGCAUUCAUAACAACAUCUACACCGCAUUCAAGUCUAUGCCAUCAACGUCACCCACAAACUUGAAGUCGCUGCCCAACUCAAUUGACCUCUCGGCGAAUUUAUUUAGUGCUAGUGGAAGCCAAAGCCAGCUGCCACAGGAUCACUUUGUCUCAUCUACCAAUCUCGGCCUGAUGCACAAUCAUCAAAGGUCGUUUUUUCCCUUGACAACGGAAAGCAGCUUGAGACUUCUUGACGAAUCUGCAAUACUGGAUGGCUCAAAUGAAGAUGACUUUGAUGAUGACGAGAACGCUUUUUUUGAAGAUUACGUUCCAGCCUCAUUGGGAAACUUGAUCUUGACCCCUCAAGAGCAGCAGCGGCGAGACUCUAGAUCACAAUCAGGCACGUUGUGGGUAAGACCAAACAUCGAGAGGUCACCGUCGGAUAACAAAAAGCAUUGUGGAGGCGAAAAUGCAAUGUUCAUGAUGGAUUGA